UCUCUCUCUCUCUCUCUCUCAUUUUGCGAGUUGUCCUCUUCGUAUAUAUCCUCCUCUCACCCUCUCUUAUAGUAACCAAUAUUGCACCAGAUGACCAGAGACAGAGAAAGAACUAAGAAGCACCUGGAAGAAGAAGAAGAUGAUGAUGAUGAUCCCAUUCUUGUUAAUAUCAGAGAAUAAAUUCAGAUUAUCGAUAGCUCAUAAACCCAAUCUUGAGAGUCCCCGAGAUUAGCUGUCUCUGCUCUAUCUUUUCCUACCUUCAAUGCGACCAACCCCCUCUCUCUCUCUCUGGCUUUGAUUUUGAAAGCUGAAACACCGUAAUUACAGCCAGCCAGCCAGCCAGCCAGACUGCCAACACUGUUUCCACCCAUGAACUUCUAGAUAUACACAAACAAACCAUAUAUAUCUUCCGUCUAUAUCUAUAUAUAUAUAAUAUGCAGUCCCCACAAGCAUCCCUCACCCACCAUCUGGAACUAGAAGGGGGUCGUCUCGACUACCUGAAACUCUCCCCUCAAGAACACCAACUCAGAUAUAGCCCUACUGCCUUUAACAUGUUCGACCCCACAGAGGCGGCGUCCUCUGUAAUUGGGGACUACAUUGGCACCGAGAGCUGCCUUGAUCUCGAACAUAACGUCAAGAUGUUAAUUGCGUUGAACAGUACAGGGGAUGAGUCGGUGAACAAGACUGCGUCUAACCAUGAUCUUCAGGACGCUUAUAGAAAGUACAGUCGCGGUAAACGAGAUUGGAGGCUGGCGAGGGAGAAGAAAGAGUUCCCACCGCCGAUACCAUUGCUGGCUCGUACGGGGAAUCUGCAGUCUCACAUGCCAUGGGUGCUGAGGAGACACUACACCAGUGACGGACGGUUGAUUCUCACCGAGGAGAAGGUGAGGCACCACGAGUACUUCCGGGCACAUAGGGCUAAUGGGCGGCUCACGUUGCAGCUUGUACCCUUGGACAAUGACGACGACGACGACGAUGCUGGGAUUAAUCCGUCUGCUGAUGAUGAUCAGGAAGAUCAGCCACAGAGCGAUAUUUCUGAUCAUGAGGAAGAUGAAAGGGCCAUUCUUGAUAUUGACAACAACAUUAACAAUAAUGGUGAUAUUGGUGGCGACGUGAGCCUCGGGGAGGCCGAGAAUCAUGAGAAGGAGAUUGUUCUUCAUCAUCACGAGGAUUGGAGGAGUAGUAGUUCUGUGAUUAACAAUGAACCGACGACGACAAAUGGGAGUAGUGGAAUGGGUAGUAGUGUUAACGGGGUAUCAAAGUGCUUGAACUACAACAAUAUUGUGGGAUCUGCAGGGUCGUCGUCGCCGUCACCGUCGUCAAGUAUAUUCGGUGUGCCAGUGACUGCAAUCAGUACUGUUCAGAGCUAGCGUCCAUACGCAUAUAUAUGCAUGCACUAUUACUCUUUUUUUUUUUUUUUUAAUCUUUAUGAAUUAUGCGGGAGUUGGUGAGUCGAUCUGAGUCUUUUUGUACGGAGCAGUAGAGUUUUAGGUACUCUUUACUUUUUGCUCAA